AGUGUUUCUCACCAUGGCUAUAACACAGUUUCGACUUUUUAAAAUCUGUACUUGCCUGGCAGCAGUGCUUUCUUUCAUUAAAAAGUUAAUAUGCAGGUCUGGAAGAGGGAGAAAGUUAAGUGGAGACCAAAUAACUUUGCCAACUACAGUGGAUUAUUCAUCUGUUCCUAAACAGCCAGAAGUAGAAGACUGGUCUUCAUGGGAUGAAGAUGCUCCUACCAGUGUGAAGAUUGAAGGUGGCAAUGGUAAUGUGGCUGCUCAGCAAAAUCCUUUGGAGCAAAUGGAACCUGAUUAUUUCAAAGAUAUGGCACCAACUAUAAGAAAAACUCAAAAAAUAGUUAUUAAGAAACGAGAGCCUUUAAAUUUUGGGGUUCCAGAGGGAAACACAGGAUUCUCUAGCAGAUUAGCAGCUACACAAGAUAUUCCUUUCAUUCACCAGUCUCCUGAACUGGGAGACUUGGAUACUUGGCAAGAGAAUACUAAUGCCUGGGAAGAAGAGGAAGAUGCUGCCUGGCAGGCAGAAGAAGUUCUUAGACAACAGAAGAUGGCAGAAAGGGAAAAAAGAGCAGCAGAACAACAACGGAAGAAAAUGGAGAAAGAGGCCCAAAGGCUAAUGAAAAAGGAACAAAACAAAAUUGGUGUAAAACUGUCCUAACAGAAACCAGGCAUCAGUGGGAGUGAAAAAGAAUUUCAGCUCUACAGCAUUCAUAUUGGUAUUGAUUUCAGUAUUUCUGGGACUUCAGCGCACUGCUUGGUUUCAAUGCAUUCUUCAGGUCUUCUUCAGGAUUCUCCCAAAAUAUCGUGAACUACUAGUAGGUGGUUCUUAAAGGAGGAAAAGCCCCACAGAAAAUCAUGCCUUGAUGGAAUGGUGUUUCUUGCAAUAGUUCUAUUCCAGUACCCUUCUUUGCAGCAAAAGUGACUGAGCAAGGAUGUUGAUUGAAAGACACUCUUAAUGAACAGCUCAAGCCUAGAGAAAAGAAUGUAAAUAUUCAGUGGUGGCAAAUCUACUGUAUUGUCUGUGCUUACCUGAAACAUGUAAUUAAACAGUUUUAAAGAA